CCCGACAUGCAAACCGCCCCUGCUCACCCGACCAGCGAAGCGCAUAGGACUUAGGCGCGGAGUUAUGGGUGCAUUCACGGGGCCAUCGCGCCUGACCUCCUCAGCGCCCCCGUGUACGCGGCGAUAGUCAUUAUGGUGGUGCGCCCUCAUAAGUUCCGUGUCUACUGUUCGCCGCCGCACACGCCAUUGCCGCCCACUCUCACACGCGCUCGACAUGGACCGCCACGUCUUCGACGACCAUACUACGCUUGUCGUGCGAUGCCUGCAGGGUGUCGUAGCUUCGCAUCCAUCGUUGUCGCUCAUACCCUCGAUUCGGACGGUUAUUGAUGCGGCGCACGAUACCGACAAAGUCACAUUGAUAUCCGGUGGAGGCGCAGGCCAUGAGCCAGGUUUUGCGGGCUUCACUGGACGGGGUCUUUUGACUGGCGCCGUCAGCGGUGACAUCUUCGCCAGCCCCAGCGCCCGCCAGGUGUACGGCGCUGUGAAGGCGAGCCCGAGCACGAACGGCACCAUCCUGAUUAUCACGAACUACACCGGCGACAACCUCCACUUUGGCCUUGCGUGCCAGCAAGCACGCGCAGACGGCAUCUCGAAUAUCGCAAUAUUGCCUGUCGGCGACGAUGUCUCCGUAGGGCGCACGAAGGGCGCGCUUGUGGGAAGGAGAGCAAUGGCUGGGACGAUGCUUGUCUGUAAGAUCCUCGGAGCCGCGUCAGAGGCCAAGUGGAAGUUCGAGGAUGUCCUCAACCUCGGUCGCGCCGUCACCAGCGCCGUCGCCUCUAUCGGCUGCACGAUGGGACAUUGCCACGUUCCGGGGCGUGGAGACAAGGCACCCAUACCUGAUGAUGUUGUGGAGAUCGGUCUGGGGUUGCACAACGAGCCGGGAGUGUUCGUCGUGAAGCCUCAGCCAAACUCGAGCGAACUCAUUGCACGCAUGCUCAAGCUCCUCCUGGAUAAGGAGGAUAUGGAGCGCGCGUUCGUGCCUUUCGACAAGGAAGACUCCAUCGUGCUUCUCGUCAACAACAUGGGCGGGCUCAGCACGCUUGAGAUGUACGCGGUUGUCGACGAGACGCUCCUUCAGCUCAAGGCCGCCGGCAUCGUCCCAGCUCGCGUCUUCUGCGGCUCCUUCCUCACCACACUCAACGCAUACGGCUUCUCCCUCUCCCUUCUCAACCUUUCGCACAUCGCGAAGACUACCGCCGCUACUGCCACCGCCUCGACCUCCGCGUCGAAGACCACCUCUACCUCCGUCGACGAGCUUCUCGCCUUCCUCGACGCGCCGCACGGCACCAUCGCUUGGCCCUCCGGCAAUGUCUACCCUGCUCCGCCGCAUCUGGCGUCUCGCACACGAGAAGAGAAGUUCAUUGACCUUGCCGCCGACGGGAAGCACGUCAACGGCACCUCCGCACCGCAGGUCAACGGGCACGCCGCCCCCACCCUCCGCGUCGACCCGACCGCGCUCCAGCGCAUCAUGCGCGCGGCCGCGCAGGCCGUCCUCGCCGCCGAGCCCGACCUCACGCGCUGGGACACGAUCGUCGGCGACGGCGACUGCGGCGAGACGUGCGCGAACGGCGCGAAGGCCGUGCUUGCGUCCCUCGACGCGGGCCUGGGCGCGGACGGCGAUCUGGUGGGCGUGUUACGCGCGCUGACGGAGCUGAUCGACGAUACGUGCGGGGGCACGCUCGGCGCGAUCUUCUCGAUCUUCCUCGCGGCGCUGACGGCGGAAGUGCGGAAGGUCGCGAGCGAGGGGCCGCAGACGGCUGUGGACCUGCCGUUCUGGGGCGCGACGGCGUCGGCGGCGAUUGAGACGCUGAAGCAGAGCACGGCGGCGCGUGUAGGUCAUCGGACGGUGAUGGAUGCGCUGAUCCCCUUCGUCGACGCGCUGGGCACGGCGAGCAGCUUCGCGGAGGUCGCGAAGGCGUGCAAGGAGGGCGGGGAGGGGACGGCGAAGUUGACGGCGAAGCUGGGCAGGGCGACGUAUGUGGGCGACAACGGAAACUUGCCGCCAGACCCCGGAGCGAUGAGCGUGGUCGUGAUGACGGCGGGGAUGGCGGAGGUGAUAUAGGCAAGGGAGGUGGUGGUAUAGACUUUGAAUUGUUAGACGGACUCAAGCAAUGUGUAACCUAUUCGCGUGCUUCCUUAUCAUUUGGUUUUAGUGUAUUGGCUUUGGCGCAGACCCCAAUGCAGAGUUCAAUGUUCAGAAUGGAACUAAUUGUCCGAACUGGUCUCAAGGCGAAGGGGGACGGUCAUGGUACUUAUGGGAUCUACCUUGUUGGACCACUGAACCUGAGCACGUGCGG